AUGCUGUCCUGGGUGAACCCUUUGCGAAUCUUCCAGGCUAUCCUGUCGUUAGCAACCAUCGGUCUUACUGCUUACGAGAUUGCCUCACUCUACGAUGAAUGGUCCUACUCAAACGUCAUCUAUUUCAUGCUCUUCAACGGCUGCUGGACAACCGCCAUCGCAAUCCCCUACCUUGGCCUAGCACCUCUAGCCUUCCCUCGCUUCUCCCAUGAAUUCGCCAUCCCCUUCAUGGAACUAGUCACCGGAGGUCUCUGGCUGAGCGGCUGGAUUGCCUUGGCUGCUCUUAUUCCCUCACCGAGCGCAUGCAGCUAUGCCAGCUGCCACGCUCUGCAGGCGCUGAUUGUUGUCGGUGCUGUGCAAUGGGCAACCUUUGCCGUUACCAACACCUUUGCAAUUCUGGACCUUUUCAACUCGCGCCGUAACGCAAAGAACCAUCACGAACAGCCGGCUCCUGAGAUGACUGAUGCUAGCAAUGGUACCGCGGCGACCAACCCCGAGUCUGCUGUCUAG